AUGCCAUCAUCUUCAUUAGAUAAUAACUAUAAUCUUUUAAAGAAAAUAAUCAACUCACUCUAUUUGAGGGAUAAGAUCUUUAGUUUUGUGAAGCUAAUCCAUAAGAAUCAUAAAAAUGUCUAUCAAUCACCUAUUCAAAUAACAGGUUUAGGUUGGUAUGAUAUUGGAUGUUUUCCAGACGAGAUGAUCAAGUACAAUCAAAAAGAAAGAUAUAAAAACAUAUUCAACACUGUCAUUCGAGAUCGAGAUUACAAUGAUGAUACCAUUGCCAAAUUCAAGGAAUUAUAUUUAAAAUCAACAGUAAAAGCAUCGGAACUUGGUCAUCUUGACUUGAUUGAAUUCAUUCAUCAAGCACUACCAAAUAAAUUUAGUUUCAAAUCUAUUUUCCAACCGGCAUUGGAAGAAGGUCAUCUUUCGAUACUUCAAUUCAUCCAUCAACAUAAGCAGUCUAAAGGUUUAUAUAUUGGUUACCAACUUCUAAGAGCAGCAGAACUUGGAUAUCUCGAUAUCGUUAAGUUUAUUCACGAAAAUAAAUUGGAUACCCCAGAUGGACAUCCAUUAAAAUCAGCAAUCAAAAGUAAAAAUUUGGAAGUCGUUAAAUACAUUCAUUCCAACUAUACAGAUGCAUGUCGUGGUAUUUUAGGAUUAGCAAUUAGUGGUGGUUGUUUAGAUAUUGUUCAGUUCCUAUUCCAAAAUAGAAGUACCGAGGAUUUCUUUGACCUUAGGUUAUCUGAAGCAACAACUAAAGGACAUCUAUCUGUCAUUAAAUACCUCAUUGAGAAUAAAGACAAUUUCGAUAUCGAGUUACCUGAUGACAUGUUGGAUUAUGCAGCAUACAGUGGAAAAUUAGAAUUGGUUCAGUAUCUACAUGAAAACACUACUGCUAACUGUUCAACAAACGCUAUUGAUCAUGCUGCGACAAAUGGAUACUUUGAAAUGUUAAAGUAUCUUCAUUAUAAUCGAAGCGAAGGAUGCACUGUGGCUGCGAUGAACAAAGCUUGUAUUGGUGGACACUUGGAAAUUAUAAAGUUUUUACAUUAUAAUAGAAGUGAAGGAUGCACUGACGAAGCAAUGUACAAUGCUUGUAUUGGUGGACACUUGGAAACUGCUAAAUUCUUGAAUGAGAAUCGAACCGAAGGUUGUAAUGCCGAUGCCAAAUACCAAGUAUCGAUGAAUGGUCAUUUCGAAACCUAUAGAUAUCUUCACUCCAAUAAGACAGACCAAGAUGACUAUCCAAUUCUUGACAACUUUGCAGGUUGUGACGAUCCAACAGCACUCCAAUGGUUAAAAGAGAACACAACCAACGAACUCACCAAAAAUUCAUAUAUGAUUGCAAUUAAAAAUGGAAAAUUAUUCAAUUUUAAAUGGAUAAAAGAGAAUACAACACUUCCAAUUCCAUUUGAUGCUUUGGAUGAAGCAGCUAAGAAAGGACGUUUGGAUUUUGUUGAAUAUCUUCAUUCAAUUGGUGCAAACUGUUCAACCAGUGCGAUGGAUGAAACUAACAACUUUGAAAUCCUAAAGUUUCUAUAUUUCAAUAGAACUGAAGGAUGUACCCACAUGGCAAAUGAGCGUGCCAUCAAAUACAACGAUAUUCAUUCCAUUAAAUUCCUUCACCAAAAUAUACCCAGUAGCAACUUUGAAUCACCUCCAUAUAUUCUUAAACAACUUAAAAAGAGUCAAUCAUAUGGAUAUAUUUCAAGGUUGAAGCUAAUCAAAGAGUUAAAACUUUAA